AUGAAGGUCAUCCCUGUCCCCGUGCGCGACGACAACUACGCCUACCUCCUCGUCGACGACGCCUCCAACAAGGCCGCCGCGGUCGACCCGUAUGACGUACCCAAGGUCCAGGCAGCCGCCGACAAGGCCGGCGUCGAGAUUGUCGCGGGCAUCACCACCCACCACCACCAUGACCACAGCGGUGGGAACGAGGCUACCGCAUACCCUGGCGUGCCCAUUUACGGUGGGAGCGACAAGGUCCCUGCCUUGACCAAGCUCGUCAAGGACAAGGAUGAGUUCACCGUUGGGAGCUCCGUGAACGUCAAGUGCCUGGCAACCCCCUGCCACACCCAGGACUCCAUAUGUUACUAUGUAACCUCGUCCUCAUCCUCACACCCAGGCGGUGUGUUCACCGGCGAUACUCUAUUCAUUGCUGGCUGCGGCCGCUUCUUCGAGGGCACUGCCGACGAGAUGCACGCCGCGCUCUCCUACCUCGGCACGCUACCCGCGCAGACCGUCGUGUACAACGGGCACGAGUACACCGCCGGCAAUGUCGCGUUCGCCAAGUCCGUCGAUGCGGAGAACCCCGCCCUGAAGCGGCUGGACGGUAUCGUGAGCGCGAACAAGAUCGUUACAGGCUUGACAACCAUCGCCGAUGAGAAGGAGUGGAACCCGUUCAUGCGUCUCAACACCGCCCCGAUCCAGAGCGCAACUGGAGCAUCAUCAGACUCCGCCGUCAUGGACCAGCUGAGAACGAUGAAGAACAACUUCCGAGGAUAA